GGAGAAAAUAUUGAAACUCGAAAACGCUAAAUUUUACAAAAUUCAACAAAUCCAAAUAAACAACGAUCAUGGCGUCCUCUCUUAGACCCUUUGUCAAAUACACUCCACCUGUUAUUUGGGUAACUAUGACGUCAUGAAUCGUAGUAUGUGUAGUAUGAUGUUUACCUGUCGCUAAAAUACGCCUUUUGUCGUGUAGUUGGGUUAUCGAUUUUACAAAAAUACAACAAUAGUUUGUGUUAUUUUCAACGUUUUUCCUGUAAGCUGUAAGGAUGGCCCUCCCAGCCAACUACAAGCAAAUCGCUAUGCAGGUCGUCAACCCUCAGUCAUCAAACCAUUUGAUGUCGGCUGGCGCUCCAAUGACUUUCAACAUAUUGAAAGAGAGGCUUAGGGCUUCAGGAACCCCUGGGACAUCUUCUAAUAAAGAAACCAAUCCUUUUAUAUCCACUCCAUCAUCAGGCAAUACAGGAUUUAUACCACAAAAAGUUGGUACAGGAAAAGCGAAAACUGAAGCUGCUAAAAUAUUGAAACCUCCCAAGGCUCCAGAAAAACCAUUGAUGCCUUAUAUGAGGUACAGCAGGAAAGUUUGGGACCAAGUGAAAGCUCAAAAUCAAGACUUAAAACUAUGGGAAAUUGGAAAAAUUAUCGGCUCUAUGUGGAGGGACUUGCCAGAAGAAGAAAAACAAGAAUUUAUUGAGGAAUAUGAAGUUGAGAAGACGGAAUAUGAAAAGUCCCUGAAAACAUAUCACAGUUCUCCAGCUUAUCAAGCUUACAUUCAGGCAAAAAAUAAGGGAAAAUCAAUUGCUCAAGGUACAGAUGGUGACUCUCACGAAAGAGCUACCAGCUCUUCUAAACAAUCCUCGGCUGAUAGGAGAAUAGAGAUUCAGCCUGCUGAAGAUGAAGAAGAUCAAGAUGAUGGGUAUUCAGUGAAACAUUUAGCUUAUGCUAGAUAUUUGAGAAAUCACAGGUUGAUCAAUGAAAUUUUCUCAGACUCUGUAGUGCCUGACGUUAGAUCAGUGGUGACUACUGGAAGAAUGCAAGUGCUGAAGAGACAAGUACAAUCUUUAACAAUGCACCAAAAGAAACUGGAAGCCGAACUCCAACAAAUUGAAGAGAAAUUUGAGGCAAAGAAGAGGAAAUUUGUAGAGAGCAGCGAACAGUUCCAGGAGGAACUUAAAAAACACUGUAAACCCGCUGUUGAUGAUGACACUUUCUUGAAAAUGGUUGAAAGUCAGUACGACCUACUGAAAAAGGAACGCACCAAAGGACAAGAAGACCCCAAAAAAACUGCACAAAACGGCACCCCUGAAUCGAUUCCAGUUAGUUUUACCCAACAAAAUGGACAAACUGAGCCUGAACCCAUGGACAUUACACCUGAAGCUCCACCACAACAACAAAAAGAACCCGAAAAACCUGAACUGCCUCCUCCAAGAUCUCCAAUCGCACCAGUGCCGCAACCAGAGCCACACUCCUACGCGCCCGCCCCACUUCAACCACCCUCCACAGCAGGUGGUCAUUCGCCGCCCACCAAUUUGGGUCCUAUGAUGAUGCCGCCCCAGCCCUAUCCUCAACAGUAUCCGCCUCAAGCUGCUCCGCCACCACAACCGCAACAAGGAGUGCCUCUACCAGCCAGACCGCCCCCGCCCCAAGGCUACGGAGUCUACCAACCGAACCAGCAAAAUCCCAACUAUCCACCCCACCAGCAAAACUAUCCAUACCCUGGCUACGGACAUUAUCCACCACCUCAAAAUUAUCCUCCUUAUCCGCCACAGGGUCGCGCUCAUCCCUAUGCACCUCCUGAGGGUGGUCCCGAUGGUGGGGCUAUUGCUUUGACACAGCAACAAUCAUCCCCAGGUGUCUAUCCAGGUCCGGAUUCCUCGCAAGGGCCACUUGAGAGCGAGGAUAAAGGUAAGGUUGGUAUAAAGAUUUUCUAUUUAAUAACUGGCGUAUUUUUAUUUGGAUGCAGAGUCAAUUUAAAAAUAUAAUAUGUGUUUUAAACUGACUCGCAUUUUUUUCAUUGUGUAGAUUUUUAUGUGUAAAAUUAGUGAUUGGCUUUGAAUGUAGGUAAGUUUUAAGUGUGAUAAGCUUGUGGGGUUUGCGAUUUCAAGUUUUUUCUGAUUUCAGGGAAAAAAAAAGAAGCCGGCAGCAACAAAGAGAAAGAAGAAAAGUAACGCGGGCUCAGAAAAUUGAGCGUUUGAAAUUGUAUUAUGCUGACAAAAACUCUAGAAUUAAUUACAUGGUACUAAUAUUACAAUUAAUAAAAUAUUUACAUGAA